CAGCAAGAAAGGAAGAUGGCAAGAAUACUGUUACUUUUUCUCAUGGGUCUUGUGGCUAUCUAUACUGGGCAUGGAGUAUUUAUGGACAGACUUGCUUCCAAGAAGCUGUGUGCAGAUGACGAGUGUGUCUAUACUAUUUCUCUGGCUAGAGCUCAAGAAGAUUAUAAUGCCCCAGAUUGUAGAUUCAUUAAUGUUAAAAAAGGGCAGCAAAUCUACGUUUACUCAAAGCUGGUAAAAGAAAAUGAAGCUGGAGAAUUUUGGGCUGGCAGUGUUUAUGGUGAUCAUCAGGAUGAGAUGGGAAUCGUGGGUUAUUUCCCUAGCAACUUGGUGAAGGAGCAACACGUGUACCAGGAAGCCACCAAGGAAGUUCCCACUACGGAUAUCGACUUCUUCUGUGAAUAA